AUGUUUGUACAAGUGAUUUACAACUACGAGCCGUUCUACCAGGAAUAUCGUAACCAAGAAGAAGAUGGAACUUAUAUAACACAGGUAGGUGAAAAGACCACCAUUGAUAUAUCGUUCAUGGUAAAAAACAAUGCUGAAAGAGCCUAUGAAGCAACAUUAUUCAUCGAAUAUAAUGCCAAUGAAUUGGAUAUUCCAAUUUUAAAUAAAAAAGAUAGUCCUGUUAAUAUUGACGAUUUCAAGGAUAAUUUAGUUAUUAUAUCAAUUGGAAAUCCUAUGGAACCAAAUAAACAGUUAAAAUUUGAGCUUAGCUUUCGUAUAGCACGUGGACGUACGGAAGGUUUGGGUAAACCAUUGGAAUUUCGUGCUUUUGUUAAUAGUACCAGUGAUGAAAAAAAUUUGGAUGAUAAUUCAUGGAAAGCUAUCGUACGUGUAAUUAAACGAGCUGAAUUAGAACUUAGUGCUAUUUCUGAUCCGGCUAUUGUUAGAUAUGGUGGCGAAAUAAAAGGCGAAUCAGAGAUGGAAUUUGAUAUAGAUAUUGGGCCACUUGUUGUGCAUAAAUAUACUGUCACAAAUAAAGGACCUUGGUCAGUGUCAAAUGUCACCCUUCAGGUUGAUUGGCCUUAUCAGGUAGCAAGUGUUUUCACGACAGGUAAAUGGGCAUUAUAUCUUAUGGAAACACCAACAAUGCAACUAACUAAUACUGAUAACAGUAAAGAUAUCAAGCAGUGUACGAUGGUUUUAUCACAUGAACGGGUCAAUCCGUUGCAGUUGAAAUUUCUUCUGGAAACCGAAAAUGAGCUUUACUAUGAGGAAGAUGAUAAUGAUAAUGAUGAUGAUGAUGAUGAUAAUGAUAAUGAUGAUGAUGAUGACACACGUCACGAAAAUCUUGAAGAUGAAGAUCUGAAUCGAUUUAAGCGAACAGUUGAAGAAUAUCGUAGGGAGAAGAGACCAUCUCGAGAAUUGCGCAUAAAAUCAACAAAAAUUCGAGAGAAAUCAGGUGAAGAAGUUGAAAUUGUCAAAGUGAAUUGCGCUGAUAUGACAGCGAAAUGCUUCACUGUCACAUGUCAUUUCGAUUUUCUGGAUGUUGAUGCUGCUGCAGUAAUAGAUUUCCGAUCUCGAUUAUGGAAUGCCACUUUUGUUGAAGAUUAUUAUGAUAUAGCAUAUGUUGAAAUUUUAUCAUCUGGGCGCUUAAUUUUGGAUCAAGAGCAAGGUAUCGAAGAGAGAAAUACACAAAAUAAUUUUGCAUCAGCAUCAACUCAUGCAUAUCCGGAUCGACCAGCUAUACUGGAAACGGCACCAAUUCCAUGGUGGAUAAUCGCUCUAGCUGCUAUUCUAGGUCUACUAAUUUUAUUUAUCUUAAUACUCAUUUUCUGGAAAUGUGGAUUCUUCAAACGAAAUCGUCCACAUCAUCCAACAUUGUAUCAGGCGGAAUAUCAAUUCCGACGAGAGGAAACAAGUGAGGCAUAG